CGGGCUCGUAUAAAAGGGUAGUGCAUUUUUGACAGUCGAUGCACUUCGCUUCAUUUUUCGUCGAACGACGCACAGCUCUCCAGAAUGUCUACGAAGACACUGCUUGCUGUGUUGCUGCUUGCAGCUAUAGCUAUUACACUCAGUGAAGCUGGGGGUGGAGGCAAGAAAGAUCAUGUUCACAUCAAGAUUCACGUCCCGUACUUUGUGAAGAAGCACACCCACACCAAAACCGUUUAUAUCCACCACAAGAAGAAAGGCCACGGAGGUGGUGGAGGCGGCGGAGGAGGCGGGCAUGGAGGCGGCGGACAUGGGGGCGGCGGUGGAGGGCACGAAGGCGGCCAUGACCACCGGCGCUAGAGUUAGACUGAAUUUCAUUCCUCAAGUUCUGUACAAAUACGAUUCUCACCUCCCUCUUGUCAAACAAUGAUUAUUGUUGUAUGAUUUAAACCGCUGAUGUGAUCUUUUUUAAUAAAAAUGAUUGUUUUUGUUGACGAAAAAUAUUCAAUUUUAAUUUCUAUAGAACUAUAAUAAAACUAGUUAAU